AUGAGCGCCCGCUCGAUGCGCGCAGCGGCGGCGCUGGGCGCCCUCCUCGGCGCGGGCGCGGCCCGCGCCGCGCCGCUGCAGGGCGAGCGCGACCUGAGCUCGUACACCUUCGAGCAGUACCACCGGGAGUUCCCGGAGCGGCGCUGGUCCGCCCUGGCGGCCGGCUGGACGGCGCAGGUCGGGGAGCUCCGGCAGGGCAUCUUCGAGGCGAACCUGGCGGCGAUGAGGGCCCACAACGCCGACCCGAACAAGACGUGGUUCGCGGCCCCGAACGAGUUCACCGACUGGACGAACGACGAGUUCCGCGCGGCCCGCACCAGCCGCCCCUCGGGCGGCGGCGGCGGCGAGGCCGCCGUGGGCGCCGCCGCGGCCGCGCCGGGCGCCGCCUUGCCCGCGGGGCUGCCGGACAGCGUGGACUGGCGCUCGAAGGGCGUCGUGACGCCGGUGAAGAACCAGGGCGGGUGCGGCAGCUGCUGGGCCUUCUCCGCAGUGGAGACCCUGGAGUCGUUCCUGGCCAUCGGGGAGGGCGCCACGGAGGCGCCGGUGCUGAGCGAGCAGCAGGUCGUCAGCUGCAUGGCCAACCCGGAGGGCUGCGGCGGCUCGGGCGGAUGCGCGGGCGCCACCCAGGGGCAGGCCUUCAACUACACGAGCGGCGUGGGGCUGUCCCUGGAGUCGGACUACCCGUACCGCGGCUCCGGCGGCUGCUCGGCGAGCAAGACAAAGCCGUACGCCAAGAACGACGGGUUCGUGAAGCUGAAGGUGAACGACUACACCGACCUCAUGACCGCGGUCGCCACCAAGGGCCCCAUCGCCAUCAGCCUGGCCGCCGGGAGCUUCGGCUGGCAGCUCUACGGCGGGGGCGUCUUCGGGGGGCGAGGCAAGCUCAGCGGCUGCGGCUACGACCAGGACCAUGGCGUGCAGCUGGUCGGGUACGGCACGGACUCGGGGAAGGACUACUGGCUGGUGCGGAACAGCUGGGGCAAAGGCUGGGGCGAGCAAGGCUACAUCAGGAUCAUGCGGUACGGCGACGGCAAAGAGCCGUGCGGCACGGACGAGACGCCCCAGGACGGCGAGGCGUGCCGCGGCGACACCAAGCCGCGCACCUACUGCGGCCUGUGCGGCAUCCUGGGCAGCUCCACCUACCCGACCGGCGCGCGCAAGGUCCACUCCUCUGCGAGCACUGGCAUCUUGGUUUGA